AUGUUUCAUCCGUUAGUAGAUGCAAUUCAUCCAUUACGUGCAAGUUCCAUUGAUAUUCAUCGAAAUGCUCGAUGGCAACAGAAUGGUCUCACUGUCGCUGGAGGAGAUCGAGAUGGCAAUGGAAUCAAUCAACUCUCAAACCCAUGGGGUUUAUAUGUGGAUGAUGAUCAAACAAUUUAUGUUGCUGAUCAAUGCAAUCAUCGUAUUAUGGAAUGGAAAAGGGAUGCGACAAGUGGCCAAGUGGUUGCAGGUGGAAAUGGAAAAGGAAGUGGAACUCAUAAAUUGUCUAACCCAUUAGAUGUGAUUGUCGACAAAGAGACUGAUAGUCUCAUCAUCUGCGACUAUUCGAAUAGAAGAGUAGUUCGAUGGCCUCGUCGAAAUGGAACAAGUGGAGAAACAAUCAUCUCCAACAUCGAUUGUUGGGGUUUGACAAUGGACGAGAAUGGAUCUCUCUAUAUCGUUGACGAUGAAAAAGCUGAAGUGAGACGAUAUCGAAGAGGAGAAUCUCAAGGAACAGUGGUUGCAGGUGGCAAUGGAAGUGGAAAUCAUCUCGAUGAACUCUAUGGCCCACGAUACGUAUUCGUCGAUCGAAAUAAUUCAGUAUAUGUGUCUGAUUGGGGAAAUCAUCGUGUGAUGAAAUGGGUAGAAGGUGCAAAACAAGGCAUUGUCGUGGCUGGUGGUCAACGAGAAGGAAAUCGUCUUACACAAUUGUCAUAUCCUCGAGGAGUCGUUGUCGAUGAAUUGGGCACUAUCUAUGUGGCUGAUGAAUGGAAUAAUCGAAUCAUGCGUUGGACGAAAGGAGCCACACAAGGAAGUGUUAUUGUUGGUGGAAAUGGAAGUGGAGGACAAUCGAAUCAACUGAAUGGGCCCAGCGGUUUGUCAUUCGAUCGACACGGUAAUCUCUAUGUCGUCGAUCACGGAAAUCAUCGAGUACAAAAAUUCAACAUCGAAUCCAAUAAAAAAUGA